AGGCGCCAGCGACGGGCGGCGCUUCCGGGGGGCGCCCGAUGCGCGCCCGGCUCCGCCGCGAGGCGCUGCUGCCAGGCCGCGCGGAGGCCGAGUGCGCCCAGGCGGCCUGUACUUGUGCGGCAGACCUGGCCACCUAUUGGUCCAACAGCGUGCGGAGCUACGCGCUGAGGGGCAGCCCGUUCUUGCGGCCCCCUGUGGCGGCAUGCGUCUGGUGCCUCGAGCUGGAGGCCGACGUCGACGCGGGCGGGGCCGAGCCCCAGCCGACGGAGCAGGCGAGUGCCAGGGACGGGGCCCUGGAGGCGUCGGCCGUGCUGCUGGGCGUGCACGACCGCAGGUGCCUCGAGAUCGCCGUGAGCUGUCGCUGGCACGGGGGCGCGCUCUCUGGCACGGCCUGGUGCGUCGCCGUGAAGGGGGCGCCGUCCUUCGAGGGCGCCGUGGUGCCGCCCGUCCCGCUGAGCCCCUCAGAGAUGGACGCGGGCAGCGACCGCUGGAGGGCCCUGCAACGGAGGAGGAGCCGAGGCCCCGCGCGCCUCGUGCGCCCCGCCGCCGCCGACGUUUGCUCGGACGCGCUGCCAGGCCCUACAAAUCUCUAGAUAUAACAAUUAAUAACACUUAUUUUUCUAUUACUACUACUACUACUACUAC